GGCGAUAAAACAAGGAUGCAUUGUGGAUUAGUUUUGAUCCUGUUCAUGGAUCUCUCGGCGGUCAAGGCUUUCAAAAACGACAAAUGUGGAGGCACCGUCAGAAUCACCAACGCAAACUACCUCACGUCGCCCGGAUACCCGAUGUCUUACCCUUCGUCCCAGAGGUGCGCGUGGGUGAUCACGGCGCCCGGUCCUCACCAACGGAUCCUCAUCAACUUUAAUCCGCAUUUUGAUCUGGAAGACCGCGAGUGCAAGUAUGAUUAUGUGGAGGUGAGAGAUGGAGUGGAUGAGAGUGGUCAACUGGUGGGGAAGUACUGUGGGAAGAUUGCCCCCUCCCCGGUAGUCUCUUCAGGAAACCAACUCUUCAUCAAAUUUGUGUCUGACUACGAGACCCAUGGAGCAGGUUUCUCCAUCCGAUACGAGAUCUUCAAAACAGGACCUGAAUGCUCCAGGAACUUCACCUCCAACAGCGGCGUCAUAAAGUCCCCGGGUUUCCCUGAGAAGUACCCCAACAACCUGGACUGCACUUUCAUGAUCUUCGCCCCGAAGAUGUCCGAAAUCAUUCUGGACUUUGAAAGCUUUGAGCUAGAGCCUGAUCCGACACCCCCCACUGGUGUGUUUUGCCGCUAUGACCGGUUGGAGAUCUGGGAUGGCUUCCCUGGUGUUGGUCCAUAUGUCGGGAGGUACUGUGGGCAGAACACUCCAGGCAGGAUCAUCUCUUACACGGGCAUCCUGGCACUGACAAUCAACACAGACAGCGCCAUCGCCAAGGAAGGCUUUUCGGCCAACUUCACUGUCAUCGAAAGGACCGUUCCCGAAGACUUUGACUGUAGCGAUCCUUUAGGAAUGGAAUCAGGGGAGAUAACUUCAGACCAGAUCAUAGCCUCAUCCCAGUACAGCCCCAGCUGGUCUCCAGAGCGCUCGAGACUCAACUACUAUGAAAAUGCGUGGACACCAGCUGAAGACUCAAACAAGGAGUGGAUACAGGUAGACCUUGGGUUCUUGAGGUUUGUAUCAGGUAUUGGUACUCAGGGUGCCAUUUCGCAGGAGACCAGGAGGGUCUACUUUGUGAAGUCAUACAAAGUAGAUGUCAGCUCCAAUGGGGAAGACUGGAUCACUCUCAAGGAGGGAUCCAAACAGAAGGUUUUUCAAGGCAACACCAACCCAACAGACGUCACCAAGACGAUGCUGCCCAAACCCACACUGACACGCUUCAUCCGGAUCCGUCCUGUUACCUGGGAAACAGGCAUUGCACUGCGCUUCGAGGUGUAUGGAUGUAAGAUAUCAGAGUACCCCUGCUCAGGCAUGCUGGGAAUGGUAUCUGGGCUGAUCACUGAUAACCAGAUCACUGCAUCUUCACAUACGGACCGGAGCUGGGUACCAGAGAACGCCCGUCUCUUGACGAGUCGGACAGGGUGGACCCUGUUGCCCCAGCCCCAACCUUUCACCAGUGAAUGGCUUCAGGUGGAUCUGGGUGAGGACAAGCUUGUCAGGGGGUUGAUCAUCCAGGGAGGGAAGCACCGUGAGAAUAAAGUGUUCAUGAAGAAGUUUCGCCUCGGCUACAGUAACAACGGCUCAGAAUGGAGGCUGGUGCUGGAUGCUAAUGGCAACAAGCCAAAGCUCUUUGAAGGGAACAGUAACUAUGAUACUCCUGAACUGAGAAAUGUGGAGCCUCUGCUAACCCGCUUUAUCAGGAUUUACCCAGAGAGGGCAACUCCUGCUGGAAUGGGCCUUCGACUUGAGCUCCUAGGCUGCGAGAUUGAAGCUCCUACUGUCCCACCCACCACGCUUGUUCCAAAUACAACUCCAUCAGACGAGUGUGACGAUGACCAAGCGAGCUGCCACAGCGGCACAGGUGAUGACUACGAUAUGACAGGUGGUGCCACAAUGCCAGAGACUACUACCGUUGACGUAAAAACCAUCCCAGAUUUUCUGGGGUUUGCGUGUGACUUUGGCUGGGCCAGUGAUCCAUCCUUCUGUAGCUGGACAUCAGAGGACACUGGCUCUAGGUGGCAGAUCCAGUCCAGUGGCACACCAACCCUCAACACUGGACCCAACAUGGACCAUACAGGUGGAUCAGGGAACUUCAUCUAUACCUUAGCAACAGGUCCUCAGGAGACAGAGGUGGCUCGGCUGGUAAGCCCUGUGGUCAACUCCCCAGAUUCAGACCUGUGCAUGUCCUUUUGGUACCACAUGUUUGGGCCGCACAUCGGCAUGUUGCAUAUUAAACAACGUAAACAAACGGUGGAUGGACCAGCUGACAUCCUGCUGUGGACAGUUAGUGGUCACCAGGGCAACCGCUGGAGAGAAGGUCGUGUCCUUGUCCCAAGGACAACCAAACCCUAUCAGGUGAUCAUUGAAGGACUCGUGGAGAGAAAGAGUUGGGGAGACAUUGCUGUGGAUGACAUUAAGGUUCUCAGUGGUGUCAGCAUGACUGAUUGUAAAGAUCCUGAUGUACCUACAGAGCCAAUGUUACCAGAAGAUCGUUUCAAUGAAAUCAUUGAGGAGAUCACUGACUACCCAGAUAUUGUGGAGAGCAAUGAGAUUAGCGGACCAGGCAACAUGCUGAAGACGCUCGACCCCAUCCUCAUCACUAUCAUUGCCAUGUCCGCCCUGGGGGUUUUCCUGGGCGCUAUUUGUGGUGUGGUUCUGUACUGUGCCUGCUCACAUGGAGGCAUGUCGGACAGAAACUUAUCGGCACUGGAGAACUAUAACUUUGAGCUGGUGGAUGGGGUGAAGCUAAAGAAGGACAAACUCAAUGUACAGAACUCGUAUUCAGAGGCAUGAGAUGGGACAGAGUGCACAUGAUGAAUCGUGCCACGUGCACAAAACUGGCUGUAGUCAUUUCCUCUCAUACGUCCAUGAGCAGGCCUGCUUGAUGGACUGCCAGCACCCUAAACUCACUGGAUGAUGGUCAGGUUUAGGUGUCUGCCGGAGGUUUGGACUGAUCUUUUCUCAGGAGCUGCAGUUAAAAAAAAAGAAAAAAAAAAAGAACCUACCAGUAGGGGACACUGUGUAUAAAAUAAAUACAGUAAAAAAAUGUACAGAUGAUUUAGAUGAUAUUUUAAUUUUCUAUGUUGAUUUUCAUUCAUUUUUACAAUCGGAUGCUGGUGUUGAGACCAAUUUAUAAAUAAUGUUUAAAGUAUUUAUCGUUUUCUGGGAAGAAAACUUUUUUAUUAUCAGUUCAUGAAAGCUGUUGUUUAUUUUCAAGUCUGAGGAGAGACGUAUCAAAAUCCGAAAUGAACCAUAUCCGGCAAAACUGUAGAUUUAUACAGGGAGUGGCGUACAGGGUGUGCCCAUAAUCCCAUGACGCUGAUACAUAUCCCUUCUCCCCUUUGACCUCUGACCUCCAUCAUUCUAAAGUGACGUUCCCAUCCAUGGCAACGUAUGGUUCUGACAGUGCCUUUAGUACAUCUCAGCUGGCCUCCUCUGUUGAUUUUGGUUUUUUAUGUACUUACCUUCAGUGAUGUUGACAGCAAACAGGGGCACAUUUAUUUAGUCCAUCACAAUGAUUUGUUUGGCUUGUUUUUUUGUCCAAAACCUACAAACUGUAAAUAUGUUUUAAUAUAUUUUAUUGCCCUUUUUAAAGAAAGUAAAAAAGAAAAAAAAGCUGCAGUAUCCCUUUUUUCACGAGGUGUGUGUGUAAAUACAAUCUUAUGACUGUUUUGUGGAAGGUGCAGUGUUAUGGUUUCACUUUUAAAAUCACCCUGGCUCGUGACGAGCACAAUCUGUGUGAUGUUACUGCAAUUUCAACGCGCGUUCAAGCCCUCUGUCGCCAAUACCGUCGGAGGACAAAUCCAAGUCGGAAGGCAACGACGGAAGCAUUCUUCAUCGUAUCUCUGCUGUAGGUUUGACAUCAAACAUGCACACAUCUCUCAUUUUAACAGCAAAGGAGGCGUUAACAUGUCUGAAAUGUCUGCCAAAUACCAAAAAAAAGACGAAAGAAAGAAAACAAUCAUUAUUGCUUUGCUUUGGCUAACACCUUAGACGAGCUCGCCGCGUCUGAACAUCACUGUGGAUUGGUUUUUGUACACAUCUUGAUAAACUCCGCCUGAAUGCACUUUGUUAUGGAUUCCCUCUUUGGUAGGCUAACGGAGGGUUAACACGCUAACUGAAGAAUGGUGCUAUCAUUACUGUAGCCACAUGUUUGUAUUGUUCACAUGCUGUAUUGUAGCAUCCAAGAGUUUCACAUGUAGCAGCCAUAACCUUGUGAUGUCACAGCUGAUUGUCAUUAAGAAGGGACACUUGUACAGCGGGGAACUGAGUGGCAUCAACAUGGCCUCCCCGCCAUUUUACCAAAGGACAGCUGCCUCUUUCAUGUUUCCGGAUGGGAUUUUGGGGGGUAACCAACACAUAGUUCACCAAACAGCCAUCAACAACAACUGACGCUCACUUUUCCCUGUGUGGAAAUUAGGAAGCAUCAGGGUACGACACCUGCAGGAAAGAGCAACCCCGUUUUCUCUGUUUUUAAGUUUAAAACAACCAUCACGUCCAUGUGAACUCUUCAAUGUCUCUGAGACUCUGUGCAGGUGGAUAAGUGGGACAAUCUCACCAACACAAUUGUGGAGCAGGCUGUGUGAACUCACUAUGAGACUGUAGCAGGAAGAAGGACCCAUGGGAGCUGGAACUCGGUGGUUUAUACACCACGGCAAUCGGAA